AUGUCGGACGUACCAGAUCUCAGCAGUGAUGAGGAUAAUUUUGAAGACGAUGAAUGGCAAGAAAUGGAAACUAACGACACCACGGUUAUAACGAACAUAAACCGGGUGCUGUGGGACGACGACAAGUAUUAUAAACCUGUGGAGCAAGAUGAGUGGCUCAUGUACGACUUCGAUGCCCUCACUGACAAACCAAGUUCUCCAAAAACUUACCAUGCUAAUGUAGAGAAUGGUUUAGUAACUUUAUCCGAGGCACAUUUCAGUGAGCUUCAAAGAACCAUACAGUUGCUAACACAACAACUAGCAGAGAGUUCAACACUUCUGAAUAAUGCAAAGGAGGAUAUUAAGAAGAUGCAAGAUUCAAUGCAAACUCUAGUUGAAGGUGGCAAUAAGAAUAAUAUUGAAGUGCCGACUGAAGCAAACUGUGUUGCAAGUGUUCCUUUAGAGAUUGAUGAUGGCUACUUUAGUACUUAUGCUCAUUUUGGUAUCCAUUAUGACAUGCUCAGACAAAGUGCGAACCGAAACUUAUAG